AUGAAAUACCAAAACUACUAUUGGUUAAAAUAUAUAAAACCCCCAAAAUUGGAAUUUAACAUGAUAUUCUACAAUAGCAGUGGACAAAAUUCCCAAUUGUGGUCUCAGGUUGAUAUUUACCGUAACUAUGUAGCAGAAGUCGCUAAAUUUUUAGGAGCCAGCGAACAUCAGGCUGAAGAAUUAAAAGAAUCAGUGGAUUUUGAGAUGGAACUUAUCUUUUCAAGCAUAAAUAUCAAUCAACCCUAA